UGUUCCUUUCCACUUCCACGCUUAACUCGAUGAGGGAACUGAGGACAAAGUACGAAGUAAAAGAGGCUGAAAUAUAGCCCUCAUUUAAUCCCUGCACCAUGGAGUUCCUGCAGCAGAUGCGCUCCCCUCGCCUCUCCUUCAUCCAGACCGUCGUGUCUCUCUUCACUGGUGGCAUUGCCCUCAUGUCUUCCCACUGGUGCACAGGUCAACAGAAGGUGCCCAAGCCCCUCUGUUCGCCCAUCAAGCACAGCAACUGCAUCCCCGUUCCCGGCGUCUCCAACUCCACCAACAUCCAGUUCUCCUGGGAGACCGGGGACGACCGCUUUGUCUUCCCCGUCUUUCACACAGGCCUGUUCCUCAUCUGCGAGGAGGACAUCUACGCAGACUCGGCGGCAAUGAUGUGGCUGUCUCUGUCGUUGGAGAUCCUGUAUGUGGGUCUGCUGGUAAUCAGCUGCACACUGCUGUCUGUGCAGUUGUGCAUCAGGGCCUGGUGCCCCUCCACGCAACGCUGGGGCCAGCUGCUCAACGCUUUCGCUGCCAUCUUUACAGUCCUGGGAGGUCUGCUUGGGAUGGUGGGUCACAUGAUGUUCAUGCAGGUGUUUCAGACCACGGCCUCAAUGGGACCAGAAGACUUCAAGCCUCACAGCUAUGGCUACUCCUGGGCGUUCUAUGUGGCCUGGUUUGCCUUCACUGUCUGCAUGUCAGCCGGCGUCUCCACUCUGAACAACUACACCGAGAACGUGCUGAUGAUGGGACCCAGAUACAGCUUCAACACCUACAGCUUUAACUUCGUGGGCCUCCUGCCACCUUAUUACACCCCUGCGUACCCAGCCAUAGCCCUAGCCUGUCCCCCGUCUCCCCCCCGGAUCUCCCACUUGUCUCCCUACUACGAGCCCCCUACAGCAGCCUUGCCGGCCUCCUCGCCGAGGCUCGCGCACUCCCACUCGCUACCGCUCCCUCGCUCCGAUACUUCUCCUCCCCCAUCCCGCCCCGCGCCUGCAUCCCCAUUUCAUCGCUUCUCCCUCCCCUCUCCGUGUCCAUCGCCGGUCCACCUGACGCUACCAGGACACCAGGAGAGCCAUUACGGGCCGGAGGAGGACUACAGCCCACUUUGA